AUGGCUAAUUUACUAAACAUAAUUGCAACAGAUCAUAAUUUUUACACCGAAGAUAAAGAUUCAGAAAUAAAUUAUACACGUUAUUUAGGUAAAAAAUAUAAUAAAAUAACUGACAAAGGUCAUAACCUUAUUUGGUUUUUACAGAUUUCUGAUAUACAUUUAAGCAUAUUUCGUGAUCCUGGAAGAAUAUCACAAUUUCAACAGUUUUGUGAUAAUACUGUUAAAAGUAUUAAUCCCAUGGUUGUUCUGGCAACAGGAGAUCUCACAGAUGCUAAAACAAAAGAUAAUAUGGGUAGUUCCCAAGUAAAAAGAGAAUGGAUAUAUUACCAUAAUAUUAUUAAGGAGUCUGGAGUUACUGGAAAAACAGUCUGGCUAGAUAUAAGAGGAAAUCAUGAUAAUUUCAACAUUAGAACGAUAAAUGCUCAAGAAAAUUAUUUUAGAAACUAUUCAGUACAGGGUGUGACUCAUCCAAAAUCGUACGUACACAUUUUGAAUAGAAAUGGUUUACAUGUUGCUUUUAUAGGCAUUGAUGCCUGUCCAGAUCCUGGGAUCCGUAGACCGUUUAAUUUUAUUGGCAUUCUCGAUAUCUCAGAGCAACAACACCUACAGAAACUAAAAUUAGAAGCCGAGGCAAGUGCAGAUCAUAUUGUGUGGUUUGGUCACUAUCCUACAUCAUGUAUCUUGUCAUUAGAAAAGGAUUCCCAGAGAUUGAAUAUACGCCAGUUUAUCGGCAAUAGUAAAGGAUCACAAGCGUAUGUAUGUGGCCAUCUUCAUGCCAUGGGAGGAUUAGUACCACGUAUGUAUACCCUACAACAAAGCGGCUUUUUAGAACUUGAAUUAGGUGAUUGGAAAGACAACCGCAUGUACCGUUUAGCAGCUAUCGAUCAUGGUAUUUUUUCUUUCGUGGACCAAAAACAUAUUACUUGGCCAGUUGUAUUAAUAACUAAUCCAAAACAUGCACAAUACGUCAUGCCAGGGAGAGAACCGUUACAUUUGAUUCUUGAAUCAUCACAUAUAAGAAUACUGGCCUUUAGUGAUGUAAAUAUAGACACUGUACAGAUAUCUUUUGACCAAAUAAAUUGGAUGAAUUGUAAGCUUAGUGAAAAGCCUUUGUAUGUGUGUGAAUGGCAACCAUAUGUUUUUGAAAGUGGUGUGCACUAUUUACAUGUCCUAGCCAUGGAUGAAAUUGGCAGGAAAGUUAUUGUUGAGCAUCCAUUUUCUUUAGACGGAUCAAAUUUAAAGUUCAACAUUACACCAAGAAUUUUACUUAUGCUUGAUGCUGGUACUGUGUUUCAGACAAUAUUUGGAAUGUUAUUAAUGCUUAACAUAUUGCCAUUACUUGUUUUAAGAAUGCAAAAAAGACCGCCAAAAUAUCGAAGAAAAAUCGCUCAAAGAAUUCUUCGCAGAAUCUGGUUAUUGACUAAGAUAGAUAGAAUAUUCUAUCCUCUUAUUUUAUAUGCCCUUUACAUUCCAUUCGGACCGUGGAUCAUUGGAGAGCUCAUAGAUGGGUACAUUGGCGUAGUCUUUGCUUGGGGCAUUUUGAUAAAAGGCUCAUAUUUACCGGAACCAUUCACAUAUAUGUAUGGAAGCGUGCAGUUAUUGUUCGUACAUAUACCUCUAGUUUUCGUAUUGGCAUAUUGCCUAGAAAUGCGCCUAUUCGGACAAAAUAUUAGAGGAAUGAAACGAUUGUUAAAGAAUUUACCUUUUGUAUUUUUGCUGUCAAUACAGCUUCUGUUGGCAUACUUUUACUGGCUUGAAUAUGGUACGAUGGCAUUUUUAUUUGGACCGUUACGGACAUGGAGCGUAUUUUUAAAUAUCCUUCUGUGGUAUAAAACACUGACAUUACCACAGGAAUAUUGCAGGCAACUAAUGAAAUUGAACGAUUUGGAGUAG